AUGGCAAACUUCCUCACCGUCAUGUCGUUGAUCACCGACCACCUGCACGGCGUGUACGGCGACAAGAUGCACGAGCAGGUUGCAUUGAUCACUCCGUACGCUCGCCAAAAGCAGAUGUACGCCGUGGCCUUCAACCGCCUCCGUCAUCUGCCAGGUUGGUCUGAUGCUCACCCCCCAAUGCUCGGGACUGAGGACUCUGUCGUCGAGUCGGAGCAUAAUCAUGUCAUUGUGGACUACGUUGCCUGCGUCCCCACCCACAAGGAGCUGGGCUUUCCAUCAAGACUUGGAGCAUGCUGGCUAUGGUGGUGA